UCAAGCCGCACUGCUCUCCGCCCUGCUCUGCCUGCUACACACCCGCUUCUGCUCGCUCCAGGGCCCGCUUCUUCUGUUUCUUAACUCCUCUUCCUGCUCCUGCCUGCACCUACAUACACACACACCUACAGUACUGACAGAUCCGCGUUGAUGUAAUGGUGAGAGACGAGCUGAGACGAGCUGAGACGAGACGAGACGAGAGUGCACCUCUUCUGAAAAUUACUUACAAAAUGAGAAGAAACAACUUUGGUAAAUAAUGCUUGAAGCCGAGAGAAAAGAAAUUGGUGAUAAAGACCGUGAUCAAAGAGAUGGUGGAAGUUAAAGACGUUUUGAGAAGUGGCGAAAACCAGCGAGACAAGAAGUGCGAGAGAGGAGAAAAAAGGGAAGAGCGAGAAGAGAAGAGAAAACUGUCAUCUAAACUAGAGAGUAAAGCAGAGACAAUAACACUGACUAACAUUUGCGACAUCUUGCCGGGGGCCUCGCACCACACUUUUUUUAAUUCAGUUUAAAGCUUAAAGCAUUAAAUUAUCUUCUAAGUGAUUAUAAUAUCAAUCGUUGACGGGUGUGACGGUGUGGAAAAUUCAGGUUGUGACAGACGAGACGCAAGUAAUCUGUGAAGGUAGCUGAAGUUCUCAGCAACAGUGUUCUGUGGGCACCAGAUAGGAAGAAUGACUCUCGGAAUGCUAGCGAGGUGCACUGACGCUACUUCGAGGUUCUGGUGAUCGAACUCGAAGACUCGAACAGGAGGGUCUUCUUUACAGGGGUAGUUAAGUCGAGAGUCUCUGACGAAGUGAUUGAUCUGUGUUAAUGUAAACAUGCCAUUUGUUGCCGCUCGUUACGCGACACCAUAACGACUGUUCAGCGGGGGGGUGGGGGGGAAAGGGCGAGCGGAGUGCAACGUAUGUCAACAAUGGGUGAGUCAGGAACCAACCCGGGGGAGAGAGAGACUGGUUGAACCAUAAGUAAAUAAGUGUAUGUGAGUCGUCACAAACCUUAUCCUAACACAUUCUCUAGGAAACUGUGUUUUAAUACGGGAUUUAUUUACAGUACAUCCAACACAACAUUCUGUCAACCUUUUAAAAGUAUUCAGAAGCUCACUCAACAGUAACACCUAAGACUCGUUUUGAUAUUUUUCUUAAUAAGGACAUAAAACAGCAGAUUAAUUAGUAUUCACAUACAAAAUUACCGUCUUCAGUAACAUUUAGUAAUAUCCCAUAAUAUAUAUACACAAUAUUCAGUUCGACGAUGACCAGGAGCUCCACGAACGGGCGACCGUCAAGUAUGUCUUCGAACGGUAGCAGCGGAGGCGGCAGCAGCGACAGUGGCGGUAACACUGAUACCAAGACCACCACCACGGUUAUUGGAGGAGGUGGAGGAGGAGGAGGAGGAGGAGGAGUUGGGGGAGGUAGCAUUAACUACAAGAAGAAACAGAAGAAGUUCGGGGUGUUUAAGACCACCCUGCCGAGGAACCUGAAGGAGAACUCACGUGCCGAGCUCCUCAGUCCUUCCAGUGACGAGGUUCCAUCGCCCAAGGAUACCACUAGUGGGGUCCUAACCAUCCCAACUUCUACCUCCUCCCCGUCUCCUACGGCCUUCCUGCCUGAGGCUUUCCUUACAGACUCCUGCUGCACCACUUCCUCCUCCUCCUCGGCACUCAGGAAGGAUAUGUCUUGUUGCAACGGCACCACCCAUAUAGGCGUCAAGGUGGUCAAAAACCAUAGGCUGAGACGCUGGCAUGAGCGUUUGCUGUAUGGUGCUGUGCUCUUCUUGCUGACGCUGUGUUCCAGCCUCCUCACAUACAUCGUCUUAGAUAAGCUGCAGGACGUGCCAGUGCCACGGCCGGAGGUGUGCACCACACCGGAGUGCCUGAGGGCGGCGUCCCGCCUGCUGGACCGUAUGGACCGGUCCAUCUCCCCCUGCAGUGACUUCUACCACUUCGCCUGUGGCAACUACCUGCACGAGAAUGUGGUUCCUGACGACGCCCUCUACCGCUCGUCCAUGCAGGAGAUGCAGGAGGAUGUGCUUGUUAUUAUUAAGAAGAUGCUGGACUUGCCUCACGGAGACAACGACACAGACGCCUUCGGUAAAGCCAAGAGACUCUACCACUCCUGCAUGAACACCAGUUUCACUGUGCACGAGAAGGACAUGGCAGACUCUCCCAUCUUCGACCUGCUGACGGCGGAGCAGCUGGGACAGUGGCCGCUGCUGGCUCCUGACCGCUGGAAUGAGAGUCAUUACAACCUGGAACGAAUCCUGGCUCAGCUCACCCUCUACCAGGUCCACACCUUCCUCGACUCCUACAUCACUCCUGACGAGAGGAACUCCACUAUGUAUACGCUGCAGUUCUACAAGGGGUCGCCAGCGCUGGCCAGAAACUACUUCCUAAACACGUCGAAUGAGGAGUACGCUGGUUACAUGGCCGCCUACAGGGCACUCAUGGAGGAGACAGCGGUAGCUCUCUCACCUGACCAGUCCAUCAACGUCUCACACGUCGACGAACUCAUCGCCUUCGAGACCAAAUUUGCUCUGAUCUCUGACAGCCGAGCCUGUGGCAGCGGCAGUGAGGGAGGCAACAUGACGGACUCCUUGACGGAGGACGAUGACGCCUCCGGCAGGAUGACUGUGUCACAGCUGGAGCAGAUGGUACCUGAGAUUGCGUGGGGUCGCAUGCUGAGGUACACUUUAGAGGAGUAUGAGCUGGACCUUGAUGUGGAUUCCCUGAUCAUAACUCUCCACUGCAAUGCCUAUGUUCCUGACCUAGUCAAGUUGCUUUCUAGCACGCCCAAGAGGGUGAUCGUGAACUACCUAAUGUGGAGGUUCGUGCUGCGUUACAUGCCAUACAUUAGCAACUACUUCCAGCAGCUCUGGCAGCAAUUCAGGAGUGAGGUGCCUGAUCCUUUCGAGGAACGAACUUACCUUAGCCGCUGGAAGGAAUGUGCAGGUGUUGUUAAUGAAGGCUUCGGUGCUGCCCUUGCCAGAAUGUAUGUUGAGAAGUACUAUGACCACCAGAUCUCUAAGAAGAUUGAUGACCUGGUGGAGGAAGUGCGCACAGCCUUUCACUUGGUAAUUGACCGCCAGGACUGGCUCGAGCAGGAGAUGAAGCAAGUCUGCAGUGACAAGCUAGAUAUAAUGGGGAAGAAAAUUGGCUAUCCAGAAUAUAUAGAGUCCACUGAGCUCUUGGAUGCUGAAUUUGAAGGGUUGGAUAUACUGGAGGAUCACUUCUUGAAUAACAUCUUGAGGAUGAAGAAACAUGAAGUGUGGAAGGAUGUACAAAAACUUUCUCGACCAGUCGACAAAAAAAGGGACUGGGUGAUAGAGCCUCUCGUGGUCAAUGCCUUCCACAACCCCACUGCCAAUGAGAUCAUCUUGCCACUUGGGAUCUUACGAGAGCCUUUCUACAACCCAGGAUAUCCCAUGUACUUGAACUAUGGAAGUCUCGGGGUGGUGGUUGGGCACGAGCUGGUUCAUGGCUUCGACAAUCACGGUAAACGAUAUGACAAGCAUGGGAAUGUGUCACAGUGGUGGAGUGAGGAGAUGGCUGAACAGUUCACUGAGAGGGCUGCCUGCUUCGUUGAACAGUACAGCCAGUACCCUAUCGAGAUGGUGGGCAAGAAUGUUGAUGGCAAUGAAACUCUCGGGGACAACAUCUGUGACAAUGCAGGCGUGCUUAAUGCUUGGUUGGCUUACACCCGCUGGAGAGAGAGAAAUGGAGAAGAGCCUUACCUACCUGGCAUGAACUACACUGUCCCCCAAAUAUUUUUCAUCACCUUUGCCCAGAUCUGGUGUGAGGUGGUGAGCAAGGAAGGCUACGAGAAAUACAGCAAGGACAUGCACAGCCCAGGAGUCUACAGAGCCAAUGUUGUUGCCCAGAACUCCCAGUUUUUUGCCGAUACUUGGGGCUGUCCUGUUGGCUCCCCUAUGAACCCAGAGAAGAAGUGUCGCCUCUGGGUCUAGGUAGGGUGAGUCACUUGACGGUAAGUUGUUAAUUAACAAACAACCUAAUGUUAGCAACUCUGUAUCAGUCACAGUGAUGCAGCAAGUGGCUGGUUAUACUGGUAUUCAGUGGCAUAUUUUUGAUCAUCAACAUAGUGUCAGCCUGCAUAGUAAUAUGUCAUCACAUAGUGUCAGCUGGCACAGUAACAUCUGUUGUCACAGUGUCAACUGCCACAGUAACAUCUGUCAUCAUUGUAUCACUUAGUGAUAUGUUAUUAAUCAAUAUUGUCUACCACCAACAUAUUGUCAACUAAUUGCAUAUGUAAAUUGGUAACAGUUUCACUCUGGGAUAAUUCUGCAUCAGAGCAUGUGAAAGAGUGCUGACUCUGUGCAUGCAUUGAGGUGCCCAUCUUGGAAAGGACAUUGCUAAUAUAAAUGGAAAGACACACAGGAUGCAAGAAAUGUUUCAUAUGUUGAUAUUUAGAAAGGUGCUACCAUCUGGUUUUGUAAACUAUAAAAAUGUCCAGAGCAAGAAGCAUCUUCGGUAAGAAAAAUAAUAACUAUGGUAGUUAAAGAGCGUCUGCAAUAAUACAAGGAUUGUCUGGCAGAUGUGAGUUGUAAAUAAACAUCAGUUACUAUAUCUUAUUAAGAAAUAUACAUACACACACAUAUUACAUACUGUUAUUAAACUCUGUAUAUAUUGACAUUAAAAAGAGACUUAAUAAAAGCAACCCAGAAAUUUGUUAGACAGCUAAGCUGGUCAUUAGAUUGGUGGAAGUUUUUUUUUUUUACACAUCAGUGAAAAGAAACACUUCUCCCUUGCACAGUGAUAUACAGUAACUCAGCCCCACAAAAUGGUGACACUAAUCUCCUUACACAAUAGUGUAUAGAAUGUAAUUCACCCCCACAGCUGUGAUAUGAAGCAACCUUUCUAAACAAUUACCUGAAGUUAUCAACCUCACACACAGCUGUCAAGUAACAUCUUUUUUCCUCAUGCACUAGUGACAUGACAAAAUUUACACAACACUGAUAUGAACUACCCUCCCAACAAGACAGUGAGUGACAAGGAGGAGUCAUCCCCACAAUACUAACAAGACAUAAUCAUCCCCAUAACAGCAAUGAGAAACAGUUUUCACCCCAGUGACAAGAGGUAAUACUACUUCCUGCUUAUUAGUGACAAGAUAAAAUCAUCCCAAGAAAAUGGUAUUAAGAAGUAAUUACUCUUAGACACUAGUGCCAAAAAAAAGUAAUCCUCCCAGGACAAAAGUGCCAUGAAGUAAUCCUUCCCUAGACCAUACAGUAUUACCAUAAAGAAAUCUUCCCAGAAACCAGUGCUGAGCAGUAAUCCUAAACACAUUCCCGACUAGUACCCAGAUUAGCCUUAUUGUCAGGUGGAUCUUAAGGAAGAAGUGAGGGUGUAUUUAGUGUUGUUUUACCCAGCAUAGUAUUUACCACUGAAGAUCAGCUACUGAAUCUUGUGGUUACCUGCUUGUAUGAUUUCAUGUACAGUACUGACAACUUUUGUGGCUUUCUGUGAUUCUAAAUGAUAGUGAUGAUCAGACUGAUUUACACAUGGGUGAAAAUGUAUUCAUACCAUGACUGCUUUUAUCUGAUGACAUACUGCAGGAUGUAUACCUAAAAAUGUCAUAACUGUACUGUGAAACUGCCUUUAGCAUAUACCUCUGAACAUUGAGAUGGUAAUACAUGAAAAAAAAUUUAGAUUUAGUGUUGAAAAUAACAUUUAGAGGAAAAGAAUUCCUUUCAUAUGCUAAGUUCAGCAUGUUUAUAACAAUAUAUUCCAUGUAAAAGUUCUGUCUGUGAGUUAAGAAUGAGAAAUAAAGGAGUAGUAGAUAAUGAAGUAAUUUUGGUGUAAGGCUUAUUGGUGAAAAAGUUUGUAAUGAAUAACUCCCUUAAUGUGAAAUAAUUCAACAGUUUUAAAGAAAAUAUGCAAAAAUAAGAAUGCAAUGAAAAAUUUGAAUCAGAAAUUCUGUUGGUUCACAGUGAAUAUGAAGAGUGGCUCAGUUGAUGUAAAAAGUACAGAAAAACUAUGUAUAUGUUUGAAGAACCUUAAGCUGAACUUGAAAGUGAACUAUUGUAUACAGACAUGCGCAAGAAGUAAAAUAAUAUAAUCAAAGAAAAGUUGAAAACAUUAUCUUUACUUACAAGCACAAGAGAAUGCAUGUGUAUAAUGUAAAUAUAAAAUAGAGUAUAAAAAUUUCAAUAGAAAAUAAAAGAAGUGGUCAGCAAAAGUUCAUUUAGUUAAAAUAGUCAGUGCACUACUCUGAGCUACCCCACAAGCAUUAAUCUGACUAACAAAAUAGCCAUGGUCAUAUUUACUUUUCUGAAGGCACCCAAAAUCUUGUUUCCAAAAAAAGGGGGGGGAGUCAUUUCCUAAAAUAUCCACUAUCCUAUAUUUAUUUCAUCCUCCAAAUGACCUUUUUCUACAAACCAAACAAGUCCUUCAUUUUAAGCCCCCAAAUGAACAUGUAGUGCUACUGUAUUACAUUAAUUCUGCUUACUCAGUACUUUUAUAUCACGAUCUACGACAAAGAUAUUUUCUCUUCAUCUGUAGCCAAGCUGCUAGCAUCAGUAGCUCCUCAGAUAUUCAAAGGACUGUCUGUGCUAGACUGCUGCUGAUAGUCAAGAAAGGAUAUUUUCAUAAUGUAAAUGGUUACUAAAACACUGCAGAGUCAUAACAAAUAAUUAUUACUCUGACUUCGUUAGUACUCUCCACAUCCUCUUGUCAUCCAUUUUAUAUCAGAAUUUAUAUUUAAUAUUGUAUCGAAUGCAUUUCUCUAGAUAGUAUGGUGAGUUCCAGUCUAAAUUUUUGUUUAUUUAAUUUGUAAUUAUUUUGAGUGAUAUUGAAACUAGUCUUGAUAGCCUAGCUAUAUUAGAAUACAUUUAGACCAUGUAAAUGUUAGAUCAUAUAAUAGAAGGUAUCUUAAGUGCAUUUGUUCAUUCCCAUCUAAAGGAAUAACUGCAUUAUUAUUAUUAUUAUUAUUGUUAUUAUUAUUAUUAUUAUUAUUAUUAUUUUAACACUGGUUGUCUACUGCUUAGGUAGGGUGACCAUCACUGUCUUGCCAGCAGCACACCAACACUACAGUUUCAGAUGUCCCUCCAAACUGCAGUAUCACCACCCCUCCUUCAGAGUGCAGACACUGUUUUUCCCACCUUCAAGAUGCAAGUUCACUUAACCGGUUUCCUUGAAUCCCUUCAUAAAUGUUACCAUGCUCACUCUCCAACAAUUCAUGAGGUCAUAAAAACUACUUGCCUCCACUUGUAUUCAACACACACACACCAGUGAGUAUAACACCAGGCACAUCUCCUGAAACGCACAUCAACCAAAUAACUGCUGCAGCAUAUGGGCGCCUAGCAAACCUCAGAACAGCAUUCCGACAUCUUAAUAAGGAAUCAUUCAGGACCCUGUACACCGUGUACGUUAGGCCCAUAUUGGAGUAUGCGGCACCAGUUUGGAACCCACACCUAGCCAAGCACGUAAAGAAACUAGAGAAAGUGCAAAGGUUUGCAACAAGACUAGUCCCAGAGCUAAGAGGUAUGUCCUACGAGGAGAGGUUAAGGGAAAUCAACCUGACGACACUGGAGGACAGGAGAGAUAGGGGGGACAUGAUAACGACAUACAAAAUACUGAGAGGAAUUGACAAGGUGAACAAAGACAGGAUGCUCCAGAGAUUGGACACAGUAACAAGGGGUCACAGUUGGAAGCUGAAGACACAGAUGAAUCACAGGGAUGUUAGGAAGUAUUUCUUCAGCCACAGAGUAGUCAGUAAGUGGAAUAGUUUGGGAAGUGAUGUAGUGGAGGCAGGAUCCAUACAUAGCUUUAAGCAGAGGUAUGAUAAAGCUCACGGCUCAGGGAGAGUGACCUAGUAGCGAUCAGUGAAGA